GGGCCGGGGUCGGUGAGGGCUGGGCCGGGCCGGAGCCGCGUUGAACCGGGGUAGGACUCUGUGGAAUGCUGGAAACACCGGCGAUCCAGCGGAAUAACUACUGCCUUUAUGGACAAACGCUUGGGCGUCGUUUUUACCUUCUCAGCUAUUAACGCCUUGUAAUUUUCUCCACUUUUACUCAAGUUUCUUAACAGGCUGUUAGGGAGAAACUAAAGCGUUCAGAUAGAAAUAGAGACUCGUUUUUCAGUGAAAUCCACACGAUUUCAGGUUUUCCUUCAGUAGCUCUGUACCUCAGAAGCUCAGGAGAAAUAUAAAAAUAGAAGCCCUAAGCAUAUGUUGUUGUGGAAGUUCUCUCUGACAGCAGCUCCCAGUGAUGGUAAUUCAGUGACUGAUAACCAUAUCACCUCACAAGUUGGGUCCUGACUACAAGUAGUUAAAGAAAUCAACUUCUUUAGUGUUGUUUUUUUUUCAAAGAGACAUCAGAACCCAAAGGGCUUCUUGCAACAUCAUCCGGGUUUGUUUGGUCUGCGCAGCUCAGACGCUGCUGUGGGGCCUUGUUGCUUUGCCAGGGUUUUGGCAAAAAAAAAAAAAGAAACAUGAACAGCUGGAGUUGGAGUAAGAGGUUAUACAGUUAAUUUGGGUGUUUUCAGGGCUGAUUUCCUGGAGGGGGGAUGAUACAUCCAUCUAGAAGCGAUGCUUCUUGCUUGAGGCAGGAGUGAGGACUGAGCUCCUGGCGCCUCUUUGGUCCUUUCCUGUCCUCAGGGGAGGAAAAUGGGCAUCUUAGAAAUAAGACCUGGGGAAUUUUGGGGUACAGAGUAGUGUUGUUAGUGCUGGGGCUCUGAGCAACCUGGGCUGUGGAAGGUCUCCCUGCCCAUGCAGGGGUGGAACUGGAUGAGCUUGAAGGUCCCUUUCAACCCAAACUGUUCCAUGAUUUCAUCAUUCCCUGAACAAGGGAACAAUGUUUGACCUCUCAUAGCCAAGUUAUUUUCAGGCAGAAGCUUUUAUCUCCUCAGCAAAAAGGACAUUCCUGCAGUUAAUUUCCUCAUCCAUGAAAUCCACUGUCGCAGGAAUAUUGAAAUAUGUCCCUACUGCAGCGACUCCAUCCCAAAGUCUGAGAUGAAGAACCACAUUGAGUCUGAACAUGUGCAGGUGACCUGCAAGUGUAGGAUGAAGAUUGAAAACAGUCUCCUUAAGGAUCACGAGGAGUCAGCGUGUCCCCUGCGCCCCGUGCUGUGCCAGUUCUGUGACAUCCCGCUGGCCUUCAACAAGCUCCAGGAGCACGAGAGCUACUGCGGGGCCAGGACCGAGCCCUGCGGGGGCUGCGGCCGCAAUGUCCUGCUGAGGGACCUCAAGGAGCACCCCCGGGUCUGUGGGACAGAGGAGAAACCCCGAGGGAGCGGGACAGCACCAGGAUUUGGGAAUGAGGAGGGAGGUGUGCGAGGUGCGAGGAACCGACUGAGACCAGAGGAUGAGCUGGAGCAGCUGGAGAGAAGUGAAAUCCCUCAUUCCCCACUUCCAGAGGAGUGGAAUGCUGAGUUAGACUAUGCGUUGGCUCUCAGCCUGCAAAAUGAGAAUAAUCCUCACCCUAACACUGCAGCUGGAAUUCCCAGGGACUUCUGGGAAUAUGACUACACCAAAGAGCCUGGGUCAGCUGCCCACCUCAGUGAGACACAGCAGUCAGACUCCUUCUCCUACGAUUCUCCAGGGUCUUUUAGCACCUCAGACCACAGAAAAAACACGGAGACCAUCAUGUUGCCCUGUGAGUUCUGUGAGGAGCUCUGCCCUGCUGAGGAGCUGAUCCUUCACCAGACGGGGUGUAACCCAGCAAGUGCCUUUGCCUCGUUCAGUAAGAGAAGCUCUUCUCCAAAUCCAUGGGACUACGAUGGUCUGUGUGCUGUUGGCUCCAACAGCUGGAGGACUCUCCCUUCAUCCCAGCCCCAAGCUGUUCAGGCAGAUGGAAACAUCAUGAUUCCAUGUGAAUUUUGUGGCAUCCAGCUGGAAGAGGAGAUUCUCUUCCAUCAUCAGCACCAGUGUGACCUGCGCCCGGCCAGCCCCGCGGCCGCUGCUCCAGCCCCGGAGAGACGGGAAUCGCCGGAGCCGGUGCGGCGACGGAGCAGGCACCAAGGAGAUGUUUCUCCUCGGCACACAGAAGGCUUUGGGCAGUCAGGGCUGGGCUGCCCUGCCCGAGGGACCAAGCUGAGGAAUGACAUGGCCAACGCCAGGAACACAACAUUGUCCUGUUCCCCGGGAGCUGCUGAUGCUCCCAACAUGCAGGGCAAGCCCAGGAAGGGGAAUGGCAGCCAGGGGAAACCAAAGGACAGAGGGACAGGUGAAGCUGCAGGGGGGACAGUGCCACGAGCCAGACCUGCUCAGCACUUCCAUGGAGAAACCUUCACCUCCAGCUUCUCCAGAGCUGCUCCAGCCCAGCCAAGCCCCAGCACUGGAGGAAGGAGCCUCAGGCUGCAGGACGGGCGCAUCGGCCUCAGGCGCAGGAGCUCCAAGGCCAAAGCCCAGAGCCCAGGGGCCGGAUCCCCCGAGGAAUGAGCCACCAGUGCUGGAAGACACGGAGCUCUUGGCCCUCUUCCUGUGCUCUGCCCCACUCUAGUCAGAGCACAAGUAAGUUCCCACCUUGGAUUUAAAUUUUUAGGCAGUGACCAUUUUCUAAGUAUCUAUUUUUAAUCUGUGAGAGCAAACUUCAGGUUUUUACGUCUCCGAUUGCCCCCAGCACCCCCAAGGCAGCAAAACCUUGGCCCCACCUGGGUUCUGUGUCCGUGUGGGCUCCUUGUGCAAUCCCAGGACAGGAUUUAUGCCAGGCUGAGCUCCCAGGGUGUGUCCUGCCUUGUCCUGCUCAGGCACAGCAGGUGUCACCCACCAGGGAGCAGUUGGAUGGACCUGCCCCACACGGAGCAGGACCGAGGGUCAGAGGUCAAAAGCUUCUCGCAUUAUCCCAGUUUUGUAAAUUCCUUGGAAUAAAGUUUAUCUGAUGCUGUCUCAAAA